GCAUCAAUGUUGGAAACCUCUGAUUCUUCAUCUCUUUAUUGUCCACCUGGAUUGUUGGCAUGUAAGAAUGGAGACUGUAUUACCUCUGACAAGUUUUGUGAUUUCACUCCUGAUUGCCAAGAUGGCAGUGACGAAGCCCUGUGCUCUGCUAAAUGUGACUUUGAAACAGACAGCUGUGGCUGGAUGGAAACAGCCAGGGGUGAUGCAUUUGAUUGGGUAAGGAGCUCCAGAAGCAGUCUACCCCCUGCUUUCCAGAAGCAAGCUCCAGCACAGGACCACACCUAUAACCAACCUGCAGGCCACUUUAUGUUCAUUCUAAGAAACAGCAGCAGUAUCUCACAGACUGCACAGCUACGAAGCCCAAAAUUCAGCCAGGCUGGAUCAGGUUGCACAAUGACCUUCUGGUAUUACAACUACGGACUAUCAGUUGGAGCAGCAGAAAUGCAAUUGCUUGUUGAUGGACAAAAAGAUCCUACAGCCCUUUGGAGGAUAUAUUACAAUCAAGGAGAUCAGUGGUUAAAGGGUUUCAUUCAGCUUGGUCGCCUUCCACACCCAUUUCAAUUAUCUCUAGAUAAAGUCAGCCUUGGAUUUUAUGAUGGUGUCUCAGCAAUUGAUGAUAUAACAUUUGAGAACUGUGCAAUGCCACCUCCAGCAUUAAACUGUGGAGGCCCCGAUCAUUUCUGGUGCCAAGACUCAAAGGCUUGCAUCAACAGUUUGUUAUUGUGUGAUCUUGUUGAUGACUGUGGAGAUGGGUCUGAUGAAGACAAAUGCGCAACUGAGCUGCAGUGCGACUUUGAACUUGGCCUCUGCAACUGGGAACAAGAUGUCGAUGAUGACUUUGACUGGACCAGAAACCAAGGGCCAACCUCCACUUUUAACACCGGGCCAAUGAAGGACCACACUUUGGGCACAGCCAAAGGGCAUUACCUUUACAUUGAGUCUUCAGAGCCACAGAUGUUCCAAAACCAAGCCGCUUUGCUAAGCCCAGUCUUUAACUCUACCUUUGCACAUGGAAAUAAAAGCUGCAUUUUUCGCUUCUAUUAUCAUAUGUUUGGAAAGCACAUUUACAGGCUGGCAGUUUCCCAGAGAACUGUGAGCAAUACAAGGGGACAGCUGCUGUGGCAAACAUUUGGCAAUCAAGGCGACAAAUGGAUAAAGAAAGUGCUCUACGUUGAGAGUUCAGAGCCAUUUCAGCUCUUGGUGGAAGGUACUGUGGGGGAUGGCUUCACUGGAGACAUUGGAAUUGAUGACCUAUCUUUUAUGAACUGCACACUUUACAAUGGGAAUUUGUCAGUUGAUUCAACAACUCCAUCAGGGACAUCCAUUCCUGUGACACUUCCUAUGAACAACUGUACAGAAAAAGAAUUCAUCUGCAGAGCCACUGGCCAAUGCAUCAAUAUCACCCAGAAGUGUGAUUUCCGUCCUGAUUGUUCUGACAGAUCUGAUGAGUCAUCUUGUGCCUCAGAUGCUUGUGACUUUGACAGUGGAAACUUCUGUGAAUGGUAUCAGCCUGCUGCUCAAGUGGCAACAAUAGCUUCAACCCAUACUGUUAAUAUAUUCCAGUGGGGCCUUGGAAAAGGAGCUGGCAUCCACCCAGGUGGAGAGGGCCAUAGACCGUCGACUGAUCAUACUACGGCAACUAAGGAAGGCUGGUAUCUCUAUGCAGACAGUUCCAAUGGAGAAUUUGGACACACUGCUGACAUUACCACUCCAGUAAUUUCUCAGACUGGACCGAAGUGCAAGCUGGUGUUUUGGAACUACAUGAAUGGGGCAACAGUGGGUUCACUGAAGGUGCUCAGAAAAGAGGGAAACAUGUCUUUUGAACUUUGGUCACAGAGUGGCCCCCAGGGUCCUCAGUGGAACAGAGCUGAAGUGCUUUUAGGUGUUCAAUCUUAUUUUCAGGUUAUCUUCAGGGCAAAAAGGGGCAUCAGUUAUGUGGGAGAUGUGGCAGUGGAUGACAUUUCAUUUCAGGAGUGUUCCCCCUUACUGAUCCCAGACAAACACUGUACUCCUGAUGAAUUUACCUGUGCCAACAAAUACUGCCUCCCAAAGGAUAACCUUUGUGAUUUUGUGAAUGACUGUGCAGAUAACUCAGAUGAGAAUCAAAGCAUUUGCAGUAUGUCCAUUGGGCGCUGUGAUUUUGAGUUUGAUCUCUGUGAUUGGGAACAAGAUCAGAAUGACGACUUUGACUGGAAUCUCAGAAUUGGAGGAAUCCCAAGAGCAGGCACUGGGCCAGUAGCUGAUCAUACCUUGCAAGAACCAUCUGGUCAUUACAUCUUUCUAAAAAACUCCUUCCCUCAGUUGCCAGGGCAAGAAGCCAGAAUUACUAGUGUGACUGUAAGCAGAAAGAGCAAGAAUUGCAAGGUAAUAUUCUACUACCACAUGUAUGGAGCUAACAUUGGAUCACUAACUGUCUACCAGGUGACGGCAUCAAAUCCCCGCAAAGUAUUAUUCAACCUCUCUGGAGAUCAGGGAAAUUUCUGGAAAAGAAAAGUGCUGCUAUUAGAAGCCAAUGAGGACUUCCAGAUCACCUUUGAAGGGCGUGUUGGAAAAGGCUACAGGAGAUGUAUAGCCCUUGAUGACAUUGUGUUUACAAGGGAAUGCUUGCCACCAUCAGAGUUCUUGCCAGAUGAACCUACAGCAUCACCCCCAACAGGCUCUUGCUCACAUGGUUAUUUGGAAUGUCUCAAUGGCAAGUGUUAUAGACCAGAACAAAGCUGCAAUUUUGAGGAUGACUGUGGGGAUAAUACUGAUGAGAGAGAAUGUGGGACCUCUUGCACUUUUGAAAAUGGUAUAUGUGGUUGGCAGAAUUCCCUAGCGGAUAACUUCGACUGGGUUAUAGGAACCGGCUCACCUCAAAGCCUCAGGCCUCCAAAAGACCACACACUUGGAAAUGGGAAAGGACAAUUCCUCUACCUUGAAGCGAUGUCACUAGGAGUAAGAGGUGAAAAAGCACUUCUCAAGAGCUCCAGAUGGGCAGAGUCUAGCACCACUUGCAUGCUGAGUUUCUGGUACUACAUGUCUUCAAAAGCAACAGGACACAUCCAGGUUCUCAUUAAGACUGAGAGUGGUCUUUUAAAGGUUUGGAGUGAUUCUGGAGACUAUGGUGGCCUUUGGAAGAAAGCAGAAAUACAUCUGGGGAAGCUGAGAAAUUUUGAAGUUCUGUUUGAAGGCGUUCGGAUCAAGGAUCUUGGAGGAGGUGCAGCAAUAGAUGACAUUGUAUAUGAGAACUGCAGCACAGUUGGAGAGGAUUCUGGGGUGUGCCCUACUGUUACCGACUUCGUAUGUUGGGACAAGAAGUGCAUUGAAUCUCACCUUGUUUGUGACUACAAGGCUGACUGCAAAGACUUGUCUGAUGAAGCUGAUUGCAGCCAAUAUACCACCGUCCCAGGAAGCUGUAACUUUGAAACACAAGGCCAUGACUGGACUGCUGUGUGUGGAUUUACACAAGAUCCUAGAGAUGAAUUUGACUGGGACAUUCACAGCAAAGCUGUCAUAGAACCAGGAGGUCCACCCAAGGAUCACACACCAGGUAAUGGGCACAAUUUUUUGUAUGUCAAUUCAUCUACUCAACAAAAAGGGGACAGAGCAAGAAUAGUUACCACCCAGUACUUCCCAGCCAGUCUGGGGAUAUGCACAUUGCGCUUCUGGUUUUGGCCAUUUAAUUCCCCUGAAAUUGGAUUGUUAAAGGUGUAUGCCAUUGAAGAAUUUGGAAUGGAUAUAUUGAUGUGGGCAGCAACUGGAAAUAUAAAAAAUGCAUGGACAUAUGCCAACGUGGUCCUUUCCAGCAAUAGUCCUUUCAAAGUGGCAUUUGAAGCAGAAGUAGGAGCUAAUGAGCCCGUCGAAUUUGCUCUCGAUGACAUUUCUUUCACACCAGAAUGUGCAUCAGGAGGACCAAUUGUACCACAACCUCAAACCUGUGGCAGUGACAGAUUCACAUGCAGCUACAUAAAGCAGUGCGUGCCUCUUUCUGCAAAGUGCAAUGGAGUGGAAGACUGCACUGAUGGGACUGAUGAAAUGGCCUGCCCUACUGAGCAAGUACCUACCACAGGCUCCCCGAGACAUUGCAAGGAAGCGGAAUUCCAGUGUGCUAACCAGUCGUGUAUCCCAUCACUCCUGAGAUGUGAUGGUGUGGCCGACUGUAGCUUCAAUGAAGAUGAAGCCAAUUGUCCUAUUAAAGAUUGCUUCAAUGGGUCUUUGUUGUGUCCAUCGACUAAUAGCUGUAUUCCAAUUUCUCGGCGAUGUGAUGGCAUUGUAGAUUGCAUUGAUUUUGCUCCUGAUGAGUCUAGCUGUUCAGAUUGUCCGGAGGCAUAUUGCAAAAAUGGAGGAACAUGCAAUAAGGAACCUGUUCCCAUCUGCCAAUGUCAAAAGGAGUGGAAGGGAAACCGUUGCCACAUGAAGGCUAAGUCUCCUCCGACUCCAUCUUCUGGUUCCCUGCAAAAUGAUACUUGGACUGGGCUAGGGAUUGGAUUAGCUUUCCUGUUGAUUGAAAUUGCAGUCGCUGUUUCAUGCAUCCUUUCAAAGAGGAAAUUGCCAAGAACGAAACAGGAAGAGAUCCUCAAAACUGCAUUUGACAACCCACUUUAUGAGGCACGGAGUGUAAAGUCUACAGAGUAUGCUGCCUCACUGGGAGUUCAGAUCAGUGUUUCUCCAUGGCAGGCACAGCAGGAGCUGUUUCGCUGUAAUGACAGCAUGGCUGCUUCCUUUGCCAACCCUCUAUAUGACACAACUACAGGAAAAGAGGAGACGCUAUGAGAUGUCUCUGGAAGUGGGUAUAAAACAAGACAGAAACUUUAUGCAGAUUCAUUUGCCGUAAUGUUUUUCUGUUUCUAAAAUCAAAUUGAAUGAUGGCAUAGCAUUAGUCACUUGAAUGAAAAUGGAAUGAUUUUUCAUAUUAGAAUAAUUAUCUUCUCCAAAUAACACUUCAUUCAAAAUAGCAUCCACCCACAUGGGAAAGCAUAGCCGUACGUGAUAUUUAUGUUGGCAAGGAACACUCUUGGUAACUUUAGUUUUCAACUGACUACAUGGCUGAACAGUUCAAAUUCCAGUUGAUUAAUAAAUAAAAGUUUCACUUAAUCAAAA